AUGUCUUCCCCUCUCAACGCGAUCCGUCGCAAGAAGAAUGUCAAGAAGGGUAUCCAAUUCUGCUUGAUGGUAUGCGGUGCUAGUGGAACUGGACGCACGACAUUUGUCAACACUCUCUGCGGAAAGAAAGUUCUCGAGCACAAAGAUGCAGACGAUGCUGCCAACGCACACAUCGAGGAAGGCGUGCGGAUCAAGCCCGUGACAGUUGAACUGGAACUCGACGAGGAAGGAACUCGCAUCUCGCUAACGAUUGUCGAUACCCCUGGAUUUGGUGACCAGAUUGACAAUGAGGCCAGCUUCUCAGAGAUUGUGGGAUAUCUCGAGCGCCAAUAUGAUGAUAUCCUUGCCGAAGAGUCACGAAUUAAGCGUAACCCCCGUUUCAGAGACAACCGAGUCCAUGCCCUCCUCUACUUUAUCACCCCUACUGGCCACGGUUUGCGAGAGCUCGACAUCGAAUUGAUGAAGCGCUUGUCCCCACGUGUCAACGUUAUCCCCGUAAUCGGCAAGGCAGACUCUCUGACCCCAGCCGAGCUGGCGGAAUCAAAGAAGUUGGUUAUGGAAGAUAUUGAACAUUACCGCAUUCCCGUCUACAACUUCCCAUACGAUAUUGAGGAAGAUGACGAAGAUACAGUUGAGGAGAACGCUGAACUGCGUGGCCUGAUGCCAUUUGCCAUUGUUGGCUCCGAAGAAGUUUUGGAGAUCGGUGGCAAGAAGGUGCGAGCCAGACAGUACCCUUGGGGCAUUGUUGAAGUUGAGAACCCUCGUCACUCAGACUUUCUUGCCAUCCGAAGCGCGCUUCUACAUAGUCAUCUUGCCGACCUAAAGGAGAUUACUCAUGACUUCCUCUACGAAAACUACCGUACUGAGAAACUCAGCAAGAGUGUUGAUGGCGGUGCUGGAACUAACCAAGAUUCUUCCAUGAACCCAGAGGAUCUCGCAUCUCAGUCUGUGCGCUUGAAGGAGGAGCAGCUUCGCCGCGAGGAGGAGAAACUGCGUGAGAUUGAACUCAAAGUACAACGCGAGAUCAAUGAGAAGCGCCAAGAACUGCUGGCUCGUGAAAGCCAGCUCCGAGAGAUCGAGGCCCGAAUGCAACGAGAGGCCAGCUCUCAACUUACUACAAGUGAAGAGACCAAUGGGGAGGCUUAA